UCAAACCAAUAGAAAACAACCACAGAAGAAAAUGUUCCAUUCAACCAGCCAAUCACACUUUACAUUUCCUUUGAUGGAAAGUCUACGCAUGUCAUGACAUCCGGUAGUGAGACGUGUUUCUUUGUCAUUUGACUCUCGGCCAUCUUCACACAUGGACGUGCUGCACAUUCUUCUGAUCGCUCUCUUCGGAGUUGUUUCUUACAGUCAUGGUCAGAUUUCUGGAUCAGAGUUGGAGGUGACAGCCAGACCAGGAGACAACAUCACUCUCUACUGUGGCUGCAAAACCUCAAGUGGAGAAACCAUUGUGUGGUACAGGAACUGCUCUCAUGAGAACCAACCUUCUCUCAACAUAAGAUACUAUUGCCCACGUGAAUCUAAACUAGAAUCCACUGUAAAUCCCAUUCCUCGUUUCUACUUUGUGAGAAACAAUUCCUCUAACUCCUAUGACCUGAUGAUCACAAACAUCACUGAUUCGGAUGAGGGCCUCUACUACUGUGGAAUUGAACUACUCAAACAGCAUGAUAAGGAUACAAAUCUUCGCAAAGCUGAGUUCAGAUAUGGCAACGUCACAACAAGGAUCAAAAUCAACUCUAGUGAGACUCAUCACCGUGAUCAAGAUCCUCCAGGAGACUGUGAUAUGUGCUGGAUGCUGCUGUUCUCUCUGUGUCCAUCGUUUGCUGUUCUCUCCUCUCUCCUGUCCUCUCUUGUGGUUUAUCGCCUCUGUAACAAAAAAGCUAAAGAAACUCAAGUUGAUCAGCGACAGCCUGAAACCAGAGGACUGAAUCAGGAUGAAGAUGUGUGUUACGCUGCGCUGGAGAUCCGUCAGACAUCAAACAGACCAAAGAAGAAGAAAACCCAGAGUUCUGACUUCAGCACCUAUUCUGCCAUCAAUACUUCGAGGGCGUCGAGGGCCUGAAACUAAAGAAAAUGAAUCGUCUGAUGAUGACUGGUAAUGAAUAAUCUGCAGGGAUGCAUAGAGACCAUUCUGUCCAUCAUUGUUAGUGAUAUGUAUGAAAAUGUAUAAGCAUCAAAUACAGGGUGUCUUUGUUUGGUUGGUUUUUCGAGCUGAAAGCAUGUUGUCACCUCUCCUACAUACAGUUGUUGAUUCCACUUCCAC